AUGUCAGAUGACGGCCUUUCUGAUCAUCUACUCAUUUUCACCCCUGAAGGGGAGUCCCCUGCACCAGCAGACGACGCCCUCGAGCCCAACGGCCUACCAGUAUCAGAGGAAACGCGUCGCCCUACAGAGGAUGAUGUCGCCGAAGUUAUUGGUGAGCUUCAAGAGAGUAGUGGCCUAUAUUGGUUCGUGCGCUUCCAGGAUGGCAUUGCACACAAAUUUCUUGCAAGAGCAUUUGAAGUUCGGUUCAAAGAUUUGGCUGCACAUUAUGAGCAAAAAAAAGCAGAAGGCGUACUCCAUCCUUUCGAUCCCUCUGCCCAUUACGUCCAUCCUGCUUCACGACUAAAGUCGGGGAUAAUGAUCAAACUUCCCGGAGCGGUUUAUGAAUCUGAGUCUUCUUCAGGAUCCAAGACAUAUGACACUGAUGAAGCAACUGACUCAGAAGAGGACGUUGAUUUCAGUGACGAUGAAGACUAUGAAGGAGGGGGGACGGCCCGCCCAAAACGCAUGAUAACUAGCCACAGUGGGGGUAGGGCCUCCCGGCCUCUGAGACAAACGAAGUUACUUAUCAGUCCGAAAAAGACACGGUCUAAGGUACAACCCGUGUACAGUGAUUCAGAAGACGGGGAGUUAGAUGGGUACGAUGAAGAGGUAGCAGACAUUGUUCCAACGCGGAGGUCAGGUCGAGCCACCAAGCGCCUAAGAGAUAUCUAUCGAAAUAAUUAUGUCGACAGUGUCAACGAAAGCGAUGAUGAUAAAACCUCAUCAAGCACACCGUCUAAGGGCAAGCAAAAUAGUGCACGAAAGAAGACCGUCCGGGGUAAAGAUUCUCGCCCGGCUUAUGGGCAUUUUCGUGUCGUUGCUGAUAUCGACUAUGACCCAUGCUCCGACGAUGACACGCUGCCCCUCAGGAUCCACAGAGAUAUAUGUGAGAAGUGCCACGAGAAACCGGCGCAUUUACAGCUAGAAAUAGCACAACGAAAAGCGGUAAAGGGCUGCAAGAAGUCUAAGAAGUGGGGUGAAGAUAAUGGUGAUGACGAGGACGAAAACGAAAACGAGGAUAAGGAGGAAAAGAUAAACCGCCUAGGUGGCUGGGUUCGAUGUCUCAAGUGUCCUGUUACUGCCCACUGGCGGUGCCUUGCAAAAACACAGCGGGACGAUAUUUUAAAAGCUGCUCAUGCUCGCGAUAAAGCAGCUUGGAAGAGCUCUCAUCUCCAGAGAAAUAUAGAUGCCAGUGCUACUACCCUUGACGAUGGAUUCCGGAAGCGCACAGGAUUGAGUGCUUAUGAAAUCACAGAAUUUAUCUGCGGAUCAUGCAUGAAGGGUGGGAUUUGCAUGGGCUGUCUGGAGGUUGCUCUAGAGCCGGAUGUUUCUGUCCAGCCUGAGAAUGAUCUUGAUCAGAAACUCGCACACGAGUUAUUCUAUCGAUGUUUCUCCUGCAAGCGUCUCGCUCACUAUCAGCAUUUGCCCGUACCAGAGGAGAUGCUGGGCGAUGGGCUACGCAGAGUACAGCUGGCAAAGUACUAUCAAAUCAAUACUGGCUGGCGAUGUGGCGAUUGUGCCUCUUUAACGUUUAACUUGGACAAGAUCCUUGCCUGGCGACCUUACCCUCUUUCCGCCACUGAACCAUCCCAUCCGCCAUAUAAUCCCCCCAACUAUAAAAGUAUGUUACCAAGGGAGUAUUUGGUGAAGUGGAUGGAGAGGAGCUACAAGCGAACACAGUGGGUGCCUCAUAUGUGGUUGGUAUCCACAAAUUGGAUGAAGUUGAAAAACUUUGUAAACGGUGGUGCUAAGGUGGUGCUUCUUAAAGAGCCUAUCUGCGACGAGAAAUACCACUCAACGGAUGUGGAUGUUGCGGAUGAAUGUGUCCCUCCCAAGGAGACACAAGAAGUUCCCUUUGAGAUAGGCGCAGACGAAACUCGAAACGAGGAUAUGAGGAUAACAGUCUCACCCCUGGAUCCUGUACCUGAUGCGGAGCGUAGGAUCCCUAUGGCCUGGAAGACGGUUGACCGUAUCUUAGAUGUACGGUUUUGGAAUUCCGGAAAGCAGAAAAAAUCAUUUCAGCAGGAAAAAGCGGGAAAUUUCAGAAACAUUACACAGGAUGGAGAUGAUAUUCAGGCUCCUGAAAUAGAAAUACAACGGCUCAAGGCUUAUGAUGAAGGUGAACAGCCGGAUGAUGAUCUUUUGGAUUCUGUCGACCAGUAUCUGCGCCGGCUUCAUCAAGCUGAGGCCAAAAUAGAGGAUAUCGAGAAUGUAGCGUGGGCAUUUAUUAAAUGGGGUGAUCUUGGAUACGACGAAGCGACUUGGGAUUCUCCGCCUCGUCCCAACGAGUCUACCUACGCCGCCUUCAAGAACGCAUUUCGGCGAUAUAUCGACUCUCGUAAUGUUUACGUAAAUAAGCUCACGCCCUCACAGGCGAAGACAUUUGAUAAUCGUCCGAAGGGGGGGUAUAAAAACAACCAUGCCCUACGAGGCGACGUACAGCCCGAUCUUGGACAGAGCAACGCCCUUAAACUCAUGCCAUUUCAGGUUGAUGGUGUGAAUUGGCUUUGUGAUAAUUGGUGGAACCUUCAGCAUUGCAUACUUGCUGAUGAAAUGGGUUUGGGCAAAACUGUGCAGAUAGUAACUUUUCUCGGCAUCGUCAUGAGCAAAUUUGAGGCGUCGCCAGCUCUUGUCGUUGUCCCGAAUUCAACCAUAACCAACUGGGUUCGGGAGUUUGAGCGUUGGGCACCGCGUCUUAGAGUUGUCCCAUUCUAUGGAGAGGCUAAAGCUAGAGAUGUGAUUAAGCAAUACGAGCUUUAUCACAACGGAAAGCCCCGUGAAACAACUGGGGCCAAGUAUCACGUACUGGUUACUACUUACGAGACGCUAACCAACAACAGAGAUUUCGCUCCUGUGUUCAGAACGAUACCCAGAUGGGAAAUAUUAGUAGUUGAUGAGGGUCAGCGUCUCAAGAGCGACAGCAGUCUCUUGUUCAAGAAACUAAAAGAAUUGAAUACAAUCCAUCGUAUUAUUAUGACAGGUACCCCUCUCAACAACAAUAUGCGAGAACUAUUUAAUUUGAUGAACUUCCUGGAUCCGCAAGACUGGAACGAUUUGGAACGUCUAGAAAAAGAAUACCAAGAGCUAAAUGAGGAUUUAAUCAAACAGCUACACAACAGGUUAAGGUCAUACUUUCUACGGCGUAUCAAGAGUGAAGUUUUACAACUGCCUCCGAAGAACGAAGUCAUUGUACCUGUGUCUAUGGCACCUUUGCAAAAGGAGCUUUAUCGGUCAAUCUUAAGCCAAAACUUGAGUAUUCUGAAUAGCUUUGCACAACCAUCAAAAUCGAAAGUCAGCACAACAACUACCAAAACCAAUAUCAACAAUAUUCUCAUGCAACUACGCAAAUGCCUGCAACAUCCAUAUCUUGUUAAUGAGGAUAUUGAGCCCCGUGGCUUGCCGCCUCAAGAGACUCAUGAGAAGCUCAUAGACGCCAGCGGGAAAUUGCGUUUAUUAAGGACAUUGCUUCCGAAGCUUAAAGCUCGUGGCCAUCGGGUUUUAUUAUUCAGCCAGUUUGUCAUUGCUCUCGAUAUUGUAGAAGACUACCUUCAAGGUGAAGGUUUCAAAUUCCUCAGACUUGAUGGUAAUACCAAGCAAGUUGACAGGCAGAAGGGGAUGGAUGAGUUCAAUCGGCCUAAUUCCGACGUCUUUAUCUACCUUCUAACCACGCGCGCUGGUGGAGUCGGCAUCAACCUAUGGAGUGCUGAUACUGUGAUUAUAUUCGAUCCUGAUUUCAAUCCGCACCAAGAUCUGCAAGCUAUAGCUCGUUCACACCGUUACGGUCAACAGAAAACGUGUCUGGUAUUUAGACUCAUGGUCAAAGACUCCGCUGAAGAUCGUAUCAUGCAAACUGGAAAGAAGAAGCUUGUUCUUGAUCAUCUCAUCGUACAGAAGAUGGAUGAUGACGACUCCGCUGGGGACGAUGUGCAGUCCAUUCUUACUUUUGGUGCGAAGGCUUUGUUUGAAGAGGACAAUCAAUCCUCUCGUGACAUUGUCUAUUCUGACAUCGACAUCGAGAAACUGAUAGAAAAAACAGAAAAAGAAGGUGACCAAACAGAUCAAGCCAAGAAUGCAGGUCUAUUCUCGUUUGCCAAAGUUUGGGCUGCAGAGAAAGAUUCCUUAGAAGAACUUGACGAUGCACCUGAGAACGAUCAAAGAGACUCCUGGGCACAGACGUUACAGCGUGUCGCAGCUGAGAGGGAUGUUGCCCAAGCUAAAGAGGCGACAGGGCGUGGCGUUCGUCGCCGCGUUGCCGCCGUCGUGCAUAAGCAACAAACUUUCGAUUUCGAUUUUGACGAUACACCAGGCAAGACUAAGAAACGUAAAUCAAAAUCUGUGACGUCUGGUGAAUCGGAUGCCUAUCCUGGAUCGCCUAUGCAGACCGACAAAGAUAGCUCUGUCUCUUCUCACUUAUCUAUAGGCGAUGAAGGCAUCAUCCAAAAUGUGAUGGCUACCGAGGAUCAGAUGUUGCAGCCCAAAGCCCAGCGGCCACAGCCCUUGGACCUUAAUGGACCUGAUUCAUCCAGUGUUACUGCUCGAUACCGCCCAUCCAACACCUAUGUAUCUGUGUCUUCAGCCCCACAGGCACCGACAAAUUCAAAUAUGAAGGAAUAUGAUAUUGAGAGCUGCGGCUUGUGCGGUCUAGCUCACGGAAGUGGUUCUUGUCUAAUGACCGAACGUUCAGAGAACCUUGCAGAAUACCGUGCAAUCUUGUUGAAACACGGUGGAGACGAGCCUCCAGAAGAACGGGCCUCAGCAAUCCGCUUAAUCGAUGAAACUCUCAGUAAAAGAGGGCACAUCCAUUUGAUCUUCGGACAGCCUCUACACCUUCUAGAAGAAAGACCAUCUAAAGAAGAUAAAUCAAAGAAAGCAUCCUCCCCCAUGCCCUCGGUUCCAAAGCCGAAAAGCCGACCUCAUCCGCGACCUCUGGACAUGCAACGUCAUUACCAGGUAUUAGAUAUGAGUGAUAAAGGAAAGGCUCGAAAGGUCGAAAAAUCUAAGUCACGCCCAGUGAAAGGCAAGACCAAGCACGACGCGUCUGCCUCCACUAGGACAUUUCCCUUAAAACGAGCGCCAUCUCCGUCGCUCGCUGCUGAAGGCUCUUCUAAGAAAAUCAGACAAACUACAACGUGGUUUUAAGAGGACCAACGUCUAUAAAACGGGAGAUACAACGUCUUGAGCAGGACCCAAAUAUGGAACACACAGUAAACGUUCUAUACAACAUUCGCAAGCAGCAGCAGAAAAAAGCUCUUGAUAGACUAGGACAGAAGCAGAAUGGAAACUCGAGCAUAGUCCUGGUCAGUAACUAAAGGAUGACUAGACCAUGCCGAUUGUUCUUUUCAAGCUGGACAUUUUGCUAGCGAGCACCAUAUAUCUUAGUCGACAUCGUGUAUAGAGU